AACUACGUUAGUGACGAGGAUUGCAGUUCUAGCCCAAAACGUGAAAUUUCUGAUAAGGUUAGAAAUCCCAAUAAGUUAGAAGCAGAUGCAAACUAUGAGCAAAUUACCAUGGACUUGAGUGAGAUUUUAUUAAUGAGACCAGCCAUUCAAUUUGAUUACACAAGUGGUCCUGGUUAAAUUCAUAUAUCCAAGACUGAAGGUGGGUAAAACACAUUAAACUAGGAUACUAAAGAACAAAUAAUAACUUUUUUACCAAAUUACCUUAAAAAACAAAAGUAAAUUCCGGUUUAAACUUAUAUUAACACGACAUUGUUCUGAAAUUAUAUAUAAAAUAGUCCACGAGUAGUCAAUCGACUGUGGGAGAGUCUCUUGCCAUUGAUUCUUUGCGCCGCUUGAAGAAGAAAUUUGAUUGCGGCUGAUUAUCACAUUCACAGUGGUAAGUAAUUACAAAAAAACAACAGGUAAACCCUUUCCCACUAGACGUCAAUCUCAGCAAGCUGUGGCAUAUAUCAGAAGGUAUAAUUUUUUUGUUUCUUUUUCACUAACUGUUAGGUAAUUGUAUAUUUUAAAUACCUAUUUUACCAAUUUAUAAUAUUUGUAUUUAUCAUAUAUGUGUGUGUAUGUAUAAUGUGUAUACAUAUACCUAUGUGUGUAUAUAUUAUAUGUGUGUAUACAAAUGUUGAUCAAAAUAAUAUUGAAUAAUUUUAAAUACAUAUUAUCAAUAAAACUCAACAGCUGCCCAGCUGAUUAAAACAACACACAAUAUUUAAUUUUAUGAAUUGAUUCAAACAAACAAAACUUAAUUAUAACAAUUAAUUAAGAUUUCAAUUUUCAGCAGGAGUCAAAUCACAGCUUUAACAAAUCUCCUUCUAAAAAUCAAAAUUCACCUUCUAGUUCAGCAUCAUCUCCAGCAUCCAUGUCAAGAUCUCCAAGACUAUAUGUCAAAGAUAAACACAAGAGUCCUAGUAAUUUAAAGACGAGCAGUUCUGAAGAAGAUAAAACUAAAAGUUAUAGUCGACAUAAAAGAAAUAAAUCAAAAGACCGUCAAAAUAAAAAACGAUCUCGUCGCUCACGAAGUCGUAGUAGCAGCAGAAGGAAACAUUCUCGCCGAUCACAAAGCCAUAGUCGUAGUAAAAAACGUUCACAUCGUUCUCGCAGUCGUAGCAGGAGUUUAAGAACCAGUAGACGGAAAUCAAAGAGUCCAAGGAACGAUUCAAAUCAUUAUAAGAAAAGUAGUCCUUCUAACAGCAAGGAAAAGUAUACAUCUUCACAUAAUUACUACAUGGAGAAAAAAGCAAAUAGCAAAAGACAAAUUUUAGAUAAAUUGGGCAUAGAGUUAAAAGUUCCUCCUAUAGGCAGCAAUUCAAUGUUUACCACUCAGGUCACACCUCAGCUGUUACUUCAAAAAACUAUGGAAGCACAAGUGGAAAAAGUUAAAGUGCAAACUGGGAUAGAGUUACCUUCUUAUUAUAAUCCAAUAGCUGUGAAUCCUAAUAAAUAUGCUGAACAGAUUCAAAAACGUAAACUCUUAUGGGGCAACAAACAAAAUAGUAAUCAAGAAUCUGUUAAACAAGUUGUGGAGCACAAGCCUGCAAUACCUAAUACUAAUAACACAGCAAAAAUAUGGCAAUCUACUAAGUUUGGUGAUCAAGAUGGAAAAGUCACAGCCAAAUUCAAAAGACUUAUGGGCAUUAAAGAUGAUGUUCAAUCUGCAGAUAGUCAAGUAAAUCAACAAGGCCAAUCCAAAGACAUUAUAAAAAAACAAGAAGAAAUGUUUAAUUCAAUGGAAAGUCAAUAUGAAGUCGCACGUAUGGCAACACAUACUCAUCGUGGUUUAGGUUUAGGCUUUGGAACAUUUCAGCAGCGAUAAUUAAUAUUUUUACACCUACAAUUUUCAAUGAUUAUAAGUUCUGUAUAUUAAAAUAUGGUUUGUUACUAUUAAUAUUUAUUGUUUAAUUUUAGAUUUUUCUAAAAUGUACAUACAUAAUGACUAUAUAACUUAUUUAAAUGUAAUUCAAGUUUUGUUGAUAAGUAAUUAAAAUAACUAUAUUGAUUUGA